UUAAAAAAAACUAUCGAGGCCUGUCGCGGAGAGAUACUAUAAACUCGAAGGCGGUGCGGCUGUCGGCCCUCUUUUCAGCUUCUCUCGCGAAAAUGACUAAGAAGAGAAGGAACAAUGGUCGUGCCAAGAAGGGUCGUGGACAUGUGCAGCCCAUUCGCUGCACCAACUGUGCCCGCUGUGUGCCCAAGGAUAAGGCCAUCAAGAAGUUUGUCAUCAGGAACAUUGUGGAGGCUGCUGCUGUCAGGGACAUCUCAGAAGCCAGUGUCUUUGAUUCCUACGUUUUGCCCAAGCUCUAUGUGAAGCUGCAUUACUGCGUGAGCUGUGCCAUCCACAGCAAGGUGGUGAGGAACCGCUCAAGAGAGGCACGGAAGGACCGCACCCCACCGCCCCGUUUCAGGCCCACUGGUGCUGCCCCCAGACCUCCACCAAAACCUAUGUGAUGUGGACAGCUUUGAAGAUUGUGUGAAUAUUUGCACAAUAAUAAAAGUGACUGGAUAUACACAA